CUUACAUGUCGAAUCUAGUUCAUCAUCCCUAGCUCUUGAGGUUGCUCAAAAAAUCAAACAAACACAGUGAUGGAUCCAACAAUGACACGUUUCUACAAAGUCCUUUUGUUUCUCACUGUCUUGUUCCUUGUGGUGAAUGCGAACGAAGACAAGAACAGAGACAGAGAAAAACCGAAUAAGGUUUUCCAUAAGAUUCCUGGACAUCCACAGUAUACGAAGCGUUUCACUCAGCCAGGCACUGCACAAUCUGCUGUCAUGGAUGGUGGUGGCUUACCUAAUUAUGAAACAAAUUUCUUAGGAAGCUGGGAAUUACUUUCACCGGACUCGGGUGUUUCUGCCAUGCAGAUUCAACUCAUGCCUGAUAACACCAUCAAUGUCUAUGAUGCCACUGUUUAUCGUGUCUCUAGACUCCGUUAUCCACCAGGAAUGCCAUGUGUUCAAUUCCAUGAUGCAAACCUUAAACGAAACGUAGAUGAUUGUUUUGCUCAUGCAAUGGAAUACAAUAUUCUCACAAAUCAAGUUAGAGCACUCACGGUGAAGACAGAUCCAUGGUGUUCAUGUGGCGGGCUUACGGCUGAUGGUACUCUACUGGUUGCCGGUGGUUUCGCCGACGGAGGAAAAACUUCUAGAUACUACUUUGGUUGCAAAAAUUGUGACUGGAAGGAAUACCCUGAAACAUUGAGAGAGGCUAGAUGGUAUGCAACUCAAACUCUUCUUUCCAAUGGAGAGUACAUAGUGAUGGGAGGACGAAGAUCUUUUAGCUAUGAGUUCUUUCCAAAGGAGGGUCAAGUCACUGAAAAACCCUACUUUUUCCCGUUCCUCUACGAGACCUCAGACAUUGAUGAGAACAACCUUUACCCUUUCGUGCAUCUCUCUAGUGAUGGCAAUCUCUUCGUCUUCGCGAAUAACCGCUCCCUCCUCCUCGACCCUAUGAAGAACAAAGUGCUUCGCAUCUUUCCAGUGCUCCCCGGAGGUUCCCGAAACUACCCAGCUUCCGGCAUGUCUGCAAUUCUCCCCAUAAUCAUCGACCCUGCUGAAACGAUCAGCGCCAGAGUCCACGUUGAGGUCAUGGUAUGCGGCGGCAACACUCACGACAGUUUCAACAUUGCUGAAAGAACGAAACAGUUCCUCCCAGCUCUCAGAGACUGCAACAGAAUGGUCAUCACAAAACGCAGCGCGAAGUGGGUACGUGAAGAAAUGCCUUCGGGAAGAACCAUGGGGGAUCUUCUUAUCCUCCCCAACGGACAACUCUUGUUCAUCAAUGGCGCACAGAAGGGAACAUCUGCCUGGUGGGAUGCUGAUGAUCCUAAUUUCACACCGGUUUUGUAUACGCCGGAGAAGCCUCUGGGUCAGAGGUUUCAGGUGUUGAACCCUACCCAGAUAGCUAGAAUGUAUCACUCAACCUCUGCAGUGCUUCCCAGCGGCAAAAUCUGGGUUGCUGGUAGCAACACUCAUGAUACUUACAGGGAAAAGGAUAAGUUCCCAACGGAAACUAGGGUUGAGGCAUUCUCUCCUCCUUACUUGGACCCUAACCUAGCUGCAGUUAGACCCAAAAUUAUCGUGGAAUCUUCUGUGAAGUGGUUGUCGUACGGAAACAACUUCGACACGGUGUUCAAGAUGCCUGAUGUGAAUCUGAAGUUGGGCCCGAAAGACGUUAAACUCACCAUGUACUUUCCUCCUUUCACUACUCAUGGCUACUCCAUGAAUCAGAGGCUAUUGGUUCUUGCACCUACCAUUGUUCAAAACGCCGAUGGAACUUACAAGGCUACGGUAAAGGCACCGACGUUCCCUCAGGUAUCUCCUCCGGGAUAUUACGUGCUGUUCGUUGUCCACCGUGGAGUGCCUAGCGAGGGAAUGUGGGUGAAUAUUCUUCCGUAGACACACAUGGAAUUUUUUUUUUUUUUUUGUAGUUUCUAAUAUCUAGAGAAUCGUAUAUUUUUGAAGAACCAAAAAUGGAGGAAAAGAAAGUGGUGGUGUUGUCUCACCCUUCUUCAUUUGUAUUGUAAAAGUUUAAGUAUUUUAGUUGAAGAGUUUUUCAACUUUUUCAC